AGUACACGCUUGUUUUUACUCACAGCGCCCUCACCUGGUUAUCACACCAAACUGCAGGCCCAACCGCCAGAGAGGAAGUUAACGGUUGCUACUAGCAGGCUAACUUGCUAAAAAAAGUAAACAAGUCUGUGGAAUGAGAUGAAAUACAACCGCGGAUUGAAGUAGCUGUUCAACUAUGAAGGAAGACAAGGAAAACGCUCGGCCAAAGGAGCGAAGUUUGGAAAUAAAGUGUGAAGAUGGAGAAAAGACGGACAGGUUGAAGGAAAAGAAAGAGGCCAUGACAAAGAUUGUGAUCAGACGGUUACCACCAAGUCUGACCAAGGAAGAGCUGGAGGAGCAGUUACAACCUCUCCCAGAGGUGGACUACUUUGAAUUUUUCUCCAAUGACGCCAGCCUCUAUCCUCACCUCUUUGCAAGGGCCUACAUCAAUUUUAAGAAUCAAGAGGAUAUAGUUCUCUUCAGAGAUCGAUUUGAUGGAUACGUGUUCAUUGACAGCAGAGGGCAGGAGUAUCCUGCCGUCGUGGAGUUUGCACCUUUUCAAAAGACUGCCAAGAAAAGAAGUAAGAAAAAGGAUGCAAAAUGUGGAACAAUUGAUGAAGAUCCUGAUUACAAGAAGUUUCUUGAUAUUUACAACGGUGAUGACGACAAGAUGGCAUCAACACCAGAGACACUGUUGGAAGAGAUUGAGUUAAAAUCAAAGGAGCUUGUAGCUAAAAAAACAACUCCUCUGCUUGACUUCCUGAAGAAUAAACAGAGAAUCAGGGAGGAAAAGAAAGAAGAGAGAAGAAGGAGGGAGCUCGAUCGCAAGCGCAUGCGUGACGAGGAGCGUCGCAAGUGGAGGGAGGAGGAGAGAAGGAAGCGCAAAGACACAGACAAGAUGAAGAGACAUGAGAAACCCCUGGAGAAAGACAAGGACCAAGUGAAAGAAGAACCAAAGAUCAAGCUCCUGAAGAAGCCAGACAGAGGGGAGGAUGCUGAUUCUGAGAAGCCCAAGGAAAAGGCCAAGAAACAAGACAGGCCAAAUAAAGAGGACAGAGCCAUGGGGGGUGCCGAUCAUAAGAGGCGUCAACACAUUGAAAACAAGGAGGAUCGAGGAAGGAAAGCGGACGAAGAGGGCAGGAAGGAGUUCAGGGAGCGUGACCCAGAGCGCGACAGAGAGCGCGACCGAGAACGGGAGAGGGAGCGGCUGCAGAGAGAGAAGGAGCGCAUCAGGCGACAGGACGAGAAUCGGCGGAGGAGGAGAGACCGUCAGGACGGAGAGAACUCGGGUCGGAAGAGGGAGGAGGAGGUUAAAAAAGACAAAGAGCGGGCCAAGGAGAAGAAAAAGGGUGACAACGUUGGAGACUCUACUCACUCUGAGAGGCCAGAAAGGCCGACCAAAGACUACAAGAAGGACGAGAGUAGUAAAAGAGAGCGUCUACGGAAUAAGGACCGGCCUGCAAUUCAGCUGUACCAGCCAGGGACCAGAAGCCGCAAUCGAGGUGGAGGAGGAGGAGGAGGAGGAGGUGGUGGUGGUGGUGGUGGUGGUGGAGGAGGAGGAGGAGGAGCGGAAUCCAACUCUGCCGACAGAAAGCCAGAUGCCGAGACCGAGAAAGUGGCCGACAAAGGAGAGGAUUGAGCAGAUCUCUACUUUAUGGCAUUUUAAAUGUGGUGAGGAGAGGGGAGACAGGCCUGUGAGGCUCAGAGCAGCAGCGUGGUGCCUCAGGGCGACACGCACUGCAGAUCAAGCAGGGCUGCAUCCGGCUCUCCCGGUCUGGAAGGCAGGGAUGUGAUGGUGGAGCCUUUUGGGGCCUGAAUGUGACCCUCUUUAAUUGUAUUUGUUAGGAAAGGUAACAGGAACCUUCAUCUUACAGUUUGGCUGUUGGGCACAUUAGUCGAAGCCAAAGCUUUCUUGGACCACGUAAACUCAAAGUGACCUUGCUUCAGUGUUGUGCACACUGCAAACAUUGGCUUUCACCAUGUUAAUCCAUAUCACAACUUACCAAUUACUCAAUAUGUCAACAUUGCCGAGCUCAUGAAUAUUGUUUCUUCAUUGUCAUGAAUGAUAUUUCUGUUGUGGCAUUGACGUGUUCAGUUUGAAGUGUAAACAUGUAAAUCUUACUCCUGCCCGGGAAGCGAGACAAUCUAAAUUUAUGUGCAGAACUUUUAAUUUACUCUUUUCACGGUCAGUAGCUGUAAAAUUGUCUUGUAGACUGAAGCAUAGAGUGUACGUAACGUGGUUUGGGAUCAUGUGUUUUGUUCCUACAUUCAUAUAGUGAUGGAGAGGAAACAGCCAUUUCAGACUAAACUGCCAUGUGACAGCCAUGCCUGCAUGCAAGCUUCAAUCAGAGGGAUCAACCAGUGGCCUUCCUAACUUUUCUAAACUGAAUCUCCUCUUCAACAUGAAUGUGUGUCGCACUAAACUGAAUACAGCAUGAGAACACAUCAAUGCUGCUGAUGCUUGUAUACCAUAGCCACUUUUGCCUGGAAAUAAAAGAGGUCUUUGCUUAAGU